UACAGCCUAUUGUGUCUACCUACUCACUGCGGUUUGCAAAUCAUCCUUCUUUCCUGACUAAACUCCCUGCGUCUCACCAAGGACGUCACUGAGCACAAGCGUCAGCACGAAAUAACGUGAGGGACGGCCUUCCAACGUCCAGAAGGGGCGGGCGGACGAGCUGGCCGCUCCUGCUUCGAGAAAUUCGCGCCUCGAGGUUCUCUUCAGAUGCCUUCGCGAGUUGUGCAGGUUACGCUUCCCGCUUUGCAAAGCGAGGGCAGCAAGACAUGGAGAGCUGCCCCCAGCAGUCAUUGAAGCGUCCCUGGCGCCCGGAUCGCAGCAGCUCAUCGCGUGCCUGCAGCAUUAUUUCCAUCUCUGACCUUCAGUCCCAACAUGCACCUUGCUGUAGCCGUCUAACCUGGAGCUCUGAUGAAUUCAGAGAAUGGAUCCACCAGAAUGAAGGUGUUUUGCCUGAUCAGAAAUAUUUUGAACAAACUUCCUUGAUGCUCAUUGGCUACUUGAGAAAUGAAAAACCUGGGAGAAAAGCUAAGAUGAUGGAUGGGAGUGUGUAUCUGCAAGAUAACACUGGAGCACUGCCCUGUGUGUUCCUGCAUUUUAAGCUUGAGUGGCUAGAACAUCUGUCACUGUUCCCUAGUUGGAUAUAUGUUCCCCAGAUAGGCCAGAGCACAGCUGGAUAUCUGGAGAUCCUAGAAGAGCCAAUUCAAGUACUGUCUGGACCAGAGAAGAUUCUUAAUACCAUCCCUAUUUUCUAUCCUGGAACAGCUGCAGAACUGCUCAGUGCCAGGCCUCAAAAUAAGAAAACAGCAAAGGUGAAUGUGGCAGGUGAACUGUCCAGGCUGACCAGUAUUCUCUAUUUCCACCAGAAGACUUUCUUCUUCCUCUUCCUGAAAUGUUUUAGUUCUGCUGCUUGUGUCCCAGUGGUAGUACAAAAGACUCCCCAUUUGGUUUGGCAUCAUGCACUACAGCUGGGGCACAAAUAUGUCCUAACUAACUUGAAGGUAUCUUGCCUCAAAAGUGCUGGACAGAACAUUUUCAGAACUACCUCUUCCUCAUGCCUUCUACCGUACUGCAUAGAACAAACAAAGGAACAGUUUCUGGAUGUAACUUCACAAGGAAGAUCAAUGGAAUCUGUUUCCACUAUGCUUUAUAUGCAGUCUAAGAGCUUAUUGAAAUUGCAGGAGGAAAAAAUGAUACUGGAUCAUCUUAGAAAAUCCACACUCAUCUCAUAUACAGGCACUAUCACCCAAGUGUUAAAUGCCCAAGCUGGCCUCUAUGAACUAGAUAACAAAUACACGCUUUGUCUUGCUUAUCGGCAGAUGUUGAAUUCUGGCUGUGGAUUCCGACCAGGAGCAUGCGUAGAGCUCCGAGAUGUCCACCUUAUGGAGAAGCCUUUAGCUACUUCCCCUGACGUUCUUGGAGCUUGUCUACGUACUACCAUUGUGCUAAAGAGUUUUUCAGCAUACAGUGUAUUACAUCAACCUGUAAACUGCUUUGGAAAUCAUUAUCAGCAACUACUCGUGCACUGUAAUCUAAGCCUGCCACUCUAUCUUUAUCUGGUCAACUUGCUGGACAUAUUUGAACAAAGGUUCCGUUAUUUCACUCAGCCCCAAAAGUUGCUGCUUUGCUUUAGCCAUCAGUCUCAAGGGCCAGUAGAGAAGUUUAUUGUUCCUAUUCUGAAUUCCCUGCUGCUACCCAAGAAGCAGGAAAGAAACCUCUAUGUAGAGAUCCUGGCAGAAAAGCACCAUUGUCUCCUAGACCAGUACCAGAUUCUGGAGCCACCAUGUCAAAUUCCACAUUUCAUCCAACUGUAUAGUAUGGUUGAGAAGAGCUGCCAGGACAGUUGUGGUCCAAUACAGCAGUUGCAUUCUGCCUCAAAGAUCUGCAACCUAAAUAUCCAGGAACUAAAUUGCAGAAUGGCCCAGAACUACUGUAUUUUGUCUGCUGAAUGUUUUCAGCCUCCACUGGUUUUGCUUGGGGUGCUGAAGUAUUCCAGUAGUGGUUCCCUCCAAUUACAAGACAGAAGUCAUGGGCUUCCUUGUAUAAUAUUCCACAAGGAUGGCAGACCGUUCACUGAUACAUCGCUUAUAGGGUGCCUCCUCCAAGUGGAUCUUUUUCAGCUUAUAAUAGAGCAGUUUCCUCAAAAUAACUUCUCUUCUUCACAACAGCCAAUUACAACCAAGCAUAUAAAGGAAAAGAAAAUAAGGCUUUAUGCACAGUUUUAUUUUGAGGAUGUGACAGUUCUCCAUAUUCCUGAGAAGAGAGCCAAAAAGAGUCCCACUGUCUGUGGACAGACCUCCUCUGACAUGAAAGAGAAUGGCAGCUCAGCAGCUGAUCUGAGACCCUCAGUAAGGAAAGUUUCAAAUGUGGGAAUAGAAGAACCAGAUGCCAGGGAGCCAGAACAUGUCGAGAACAGCACUGGGAAGAUCGCCGGUGUGUCUCGUCUAUUUUUGCUGAUUCAAAAGGAAGGACUUGCGUGGCGCAACUAUCUCCAGAAUUCAGAAGGCAAGUCUGGAGAUGGGCAGGCAGUGCAACUCUGCUUUCAGGCCACCGUUUUAUGGAUGGGCCAACCUAAGCUAUGCAACAGUCUUGGAGAAAGUGAAGAACAGGAGGAGCUCAAGAUUACCAAUUUUGAAGAUACCAGUGAAGCCCAGCAGAAAGUACUGUUCCUGUUCCUGAAGAACUCCCUGCGCUGGUUCCCAUUUCUACAUACUGAGCAUCUGUACCAGCUCAUUCUACCUCAGUGCACGGAUUUGGAUGCUUUUGACAAAAUGUGCUCCUCACUGGCUCCAGGAAACAAAUUAAAUUUGAGCUGUUCCUUCUUUCUGCCCUUCCCAGAUGGGGCCUAUGUGCAUCAUGUGAGACAGAUUUCUCAGCCCGAGUCAGACAUGUUAGAAAAGGAACAAAAAAUAUUCUCCAUUGCAGAAAUACUCAGUCUGAGCUUCAAAGGCUCUCUGGUCUGUUUUUCUGGAGAGAUAAUGGAAAGGACUUUAUGUGACUCUCGUUUUGGAAAGAAGUCAGAUGUCUGUGCUCAGAAGAAAGUUAACCAUUGGAAAGAAUGUAGCCUGUUGCCCUGGAAUUAUUCUGUGAAGCUGAGCAUAGCUCCUGCAUUUGAUUCUUCGAUUCUUCUGGAUGUCUAUAUUCAAGCUGCUUUUGUGCCAUAUCUUUGGGGUUUGUUGCCUGGAGCUAGGAUUGUGUUUCAGGAUCUACAGUACAAAAUUUCCAGAUUUGGGAACGUGUAUUGUGUUUUCAUUGCCUCUAGUGAUGUGUGUGUUCUGAUUCCUCCACCUCAGAAUUCUCCACAGCAUCUGGAUUCCAUCUCUAAGUUUUCAGCAGGAUAUUUAUCCAAUUUACUGCUUCGGCCUCUCCACCUGGGCCUAGCACAAGUCACUUGCCAUUUGACAUGUGUCCUAUCUUUGUCCAUGUACUGGUCCUGCAACAACAUCUCCACAGAGGGAAGACCCAACGAAUAUAACACCUCUUGCUUGUCACAUACAGGAAUUAUUAACGCUACAGCUAAAAUCCUAGUAGAAGAUGGAACAAAUGAGGCUGUGGUAUUUUGCAAGAACCAGCAGGUGCAACAAGUGUUGGGUUUGAGCCCCAAGGAAUGGGAGGUCUUGCAAAAUCAUAUUCAGAUUAAGGGAAGUAUUUGCAUUCAGCAUAAUGAAAUUAGCACAGGAGCUAGGAUACUGGAAGAGCAUGAAGAUCUGCUCACACAGUAUUUGAGAAACUUAUGCAGAAGUCCAGUUGUCUGUCGGUCCAUAGUGUUGGCUUUCAGAGUGGAUAGGAAAUCUUUUAAGGCAGGGUCGGGACAAUUGAGGAGGUUUUUCUGUAACGAAUUAGAGUUCUUAAGCCAGGUGAGGAAUCGACCAAACUUGUUAUGUCUUAACAUCCAGGAGACAAUCUGAGGAAUGGGAAGAGGAGAAAGCCUCACUCCUCUGGAGGAGUUUGUGUAAUUCUGCUUUGUGUAUGUAUUUUAGUUUUGGAGAUACGAUUAUAGUUAAUAAGCCCAAAUGCAAAGGGUAUUGUUACAAACAUUAAAAUGUGAACAUUUCUUAUUAAAAAUAAUCUAGCUCUUGUUUU